AUCAAGAUUGUCGAGGAGGUUAUGAGGGAGACGGUUAGACGGUUUCAGGAGUGUUGAAGUGUCUUGAGGGGUGGAUGGUUUGAUAGAGUUGUAUGUGAGGGUGUGAUGGACAGAUGAACUGAAUGGUUUUAGGAUUUUCUUAAUGAUACAAGAUGGAUUUGCUUGUCGAUUGCAGUUGGAUGAUUUAAUAGUGGGAGUGGAGAGUCUUGCGCAUUCUCUUUGGGCAUCACUCGCGUUGCUGAAACCAUCAUGCAUCUCGACAGACUGGUUGACCAGGGGUAUGGAUGGGCCGAGAGAGGUGUGGUCAUGGACUUUGAGUCCGAAGGCUUUGAUAUUGUUCUUUUUCCUCGAAUACCUUGUCUUUCUGACCGAUAGCACUGAUUAUCAAGUCUGGUGUAACACUGGUUCAACAGCAAGAUGGAUAUAAAAAGAUAUACAUGUGCUUGGAAGGAAGGGUAUCAUACUAUGCACAAU